AUGCAGAAAUUCAAUUGGAUUUUGAUCGAAGAAAGCUUAGCACAUUGGGUGUUUUACAAAGACUCCGUUAAUUAUGAGAAGCGAAGAUGUAUGUUGUUUGUGAAUGUCAUCCCUUCCGAGCCACAGCCUGAGCAAGUUCCCAUAGUGCCCACAGUGCCCACAGUGCCCACAGUGCCCAUAGUGGACCAAAGUUCUGUUGGCAUGAACUUUGAAAACCAACAUGCGAACGAUGGUGAAAUCGGACCUAACGCCAUUUUUGUCUACGUAGGCAAAGAAAAUGCCGUAGAGGGUGAUUCUAAUAAAGUGGGUGAAGCUAUAUCACCUGAUGAAGGUGAUGAAUAUACUGAGCCACGCCCUGUUGUAGAACCGUGUAAGUAUAUUGAACCAUGGGAUGACGGUAUGGGUCUGACUAAACUUCAAGAAUUUCCUAACAAGAAGGCAUUGCAAGAUGUGGUGGAUAGAGCUUCUUUAGCUAACUGUUUUAAUUUUGAAAUAGUAAAGUCGGACAAGGUGCGUUAUGUGCUCAAAUGUCCUAAAGAAGGAUGUAACUGGGGUUUACAAGCUGGUAGGAUUCGAGAUACAAAUAUGUUCUCGAUUAGAAGGCACAACAAGAUGCAUACAUGCUCUCGGGCUAGUCAAAGUUCAAGCAACAGUAAGAGACAAGAAACUCUACAAUUAGUUGCUUCUCUUUUACAUGGUGAUUAUCCAGGACAAAUGGAAACUCCACCUCCGAAAAUUAUCAUGGAUCUUGUCAAGAUAAAAUUAGGUGUUGAUAUAUCAUAUUCCACGGCGUUGAGAGGGAAAAAUCAAGCUGUUACUGAUUUGAAAGGUAGCCCAGAAGAAAGCUACAAGAUGCUGCGAUGUUAUCUGCACAUGUUAGAGAAGGUUAAUCAUGCUUUGGGAGCUAGCGUUGAAGGAUUUAAAGUCAUGAGGAAAGUUAUACCUAUGGAUGCAACUUUUCUAAAGAACGAAUAUAAGGGUGUUCUUGUUUCUGCGUCGGCUCAAGAUCCUAACCGUCACCAUUAUCCCUUGGCGUUUGGUGUUCUUGAUGUAUUUAUGACUGACAUAAAUACAAGUCUCAUAAAAGCCAUAGCUAAUGUGUACCCUCUGGCUCAUCAUGGUUUUUGUGUAUGGCAUUUAUCCCAAAAUGUGAAAGGUUAUGCUCGUAACGUCAACAAAGACGUUGUUGCAUGGAUAUUCAUGAAGUGUAGUAGGUUUUACACAGUGGCUGAGUUCAAUAUUGCUUACGCUUCUUUUACGACAAUAUAUCCUUCUGCUGCAAAGUAUCUUGAAGAAUCUACCCAAAAAAAAAGAUGGGCAAGAUGUGUUUUUCUAGGAGAUAGAUACAACCUAGACACAAGCAACUGUGUUGAAUCGAUGAACAGCGUAUUUAAAGAUGCAAGGAGGUACUCCUUGAUACCCAUGCUUGAUGCAAUACUUAAAAAAUUCUCUGAAUGGUUUAAUGAACAUCGGAAAGAUGCUGUGUCUAGAUCAGUCGCAAAUAAAUUGGUGCCUUUAGUGGAGAACUACUUACAUGAUUUAUGGGCAACUGCUGAGAAACUAAAGGUGACAGAGCUAAAUGGUUUCGAACUUGAAUACAAUGUCAUUGAUAGUGACGGNAAGUUGGAAUUGGUUUUUGGAGAUGUUGAAAACCGUUGUUGGGGAUUCUUCUGA